AUGGCUGAGAUAUUUUGGCUCAACUUUGUCAAUUGCAAAACUCUGACUAGUUUCUCUCUUUACAUGCUCGAGACUCUUGAAUUUCCUUCUCCAGUCUCCUUCUCCAAUCUAAAUAUGUUGGAACUAGAACGUGUUGCAUUUCCCAAUGAGCAUUCAACCCGAGAACUAUUUUCUGGUUGCCCUGUACUUGAGGUUUUGAACCUAGAGAGAUGUGAUUGGAGAAAUGUUAAAGCUGUUACUGUGGUAUCUCCAAAGCUUCAAUAUUUCACCAUGAUCGAAGAUGAAGAAGGAAUUGCAAACAACUUUAAUGGCUAUCAGCUUGUGAUUGUUGGUGAUAGUUUAAAAUACUUUCGUUAUGAAGGGGAAUUUCUAUUUGAUUUCAACAUUAUGAACUCUGAGCUACUGGAAAUGGUUCAUAUCAACAUUUAUUCAGCUAAGAAUAGUCCACAGCCUGUCAUCUAUCACUUCUUAUCACUUCUAAGAUACAUAACUGAGGUUCCAGAUCUGAAGCUUUUUAGUGCCUUGGGCCUUCUUGACAUGCCAAAACUAUUGAUUCAUAUGCCCACAGUUGUUGGUGCGGGAGGCUUGUCAAAGAUGCUCCAAAACAUUCCUUUCCUUGAAUCCCUUGUGUUUUUAGAGCAACAGAGGCAAACAUUUGAAUUUAUUAUUGAAAAGGGAAUAAAGAUGCCCUCAGAUCCAACUGAGCACGAAAUAUUGGACCCUGUGCCUCGAUGUUUCUUCAAGCAUUUGAAGAACAUUUUUCUAGGUAUAAUGCAUGGAGAUGCCAAGGAUAUGAUGGGAGUGAAGGUUUCAGUAAAAAAUGCAAAGGUCUUGGUAGAGAAGGCAAUUAAGUUUGGAAGGACUGUCAAUGAAGACAUAAAAAAACAAGUUCUGCAUGGAAUUACUGAAGCUGCCCGGAAGUUCAAGAGAUAG